UCCAAGUGCCCAGAGUCUGGGCCCUAACUGACAGCGUGGCGACAUGGCAGCGGAUCCGCGUGCCAAGGCCGCCACUCUGAACCUGAGACGCCGGCUGCUCAGCUCUUCCUGCAGACUCUUUUUUCCUGAGGACCCUGUUAAGAUUAUCCGAAGCAAAGGGCAGUACCUGUACGAUGAGCAAGGGCGAGAGUUCCUGGACUGUAUCAACAACGUGGCUCAUGUCGGGCACUGCCAUCCUAUCGUGGUCCAAGCUGCACAUGAACAGAACCUGGUGCUCAACACCAACAGCCGAUACCUACAUGACAACAUCGUGGACUAUGCCCAGAGGCUGUCGGAAACCCUGCCGAAGGAGCUCUCUGUGUUUUAUUUCCUGAAUUCUGGGUCAGAAGCCAAUGACCUGGCUUUGAGACUGGCUCGUCAGUACACAGGACACCAGGAUGUGUUGGUAUUAGACCAUGCUUAUCACGGUCACCUGAGCUCCUUGAUUGACAUCAGUCCCUACAAGUUCCGGGACCUGGAUGGCCAGAAGGAAUGGGUCCAUGUGGUAUGCACGCCCAUAUCGACACAGGUCAGUUUCCACCCCCAAACCUGGACGACAUGGCAGUGUCUCUCCCUACAGGCUCCUCUCCCAGACACCUACCGGGGCCUUUACCGGGAGGACCACCCCAAUCCAGCAGAGGCCUAUGCCAAUGAGGUGAAGAAUGUGAUCAAUAUCGCACAGGAGAAAGGCAGGAAGAUUGCAGCCUUCUUUGCUGAGUCUCUACCCAGUGUGGCUGGGCAGAUCAUUCCCCCUGCUGGCUACUUCUCCCAGGUGGCAGAGCAUAUUCGCAGGGCUGGAGGACUCUUUGUUGCAGAUGAGAUCCAGGUUGGCUUUGGCCGGGUAGGCAAGCACUUUUGGGCCUUCCAGCUGGAAGGGGAAAGCUUUGUCCCCGACAUUGUCACCAUGGAAAAGUCCAUUGGCAAUGGCCAUCCUGUUGCCUGCGUGGCCACUACCCAAGCUGUGUCAAGAGCAUUUGAAGCCACUGGUGUAGAAUACUUCAACACGUUUGGUGGCAACCCAGUGUCCUGUGCUGUGGGGCUGGCAGUACUGGAUGUCUUGGAAACAGAACAACUCCAGGCUCAUGCCACUAAUGUGGGCAAUUUCCUAAUGGAGCACCUCAGCCAGCAGAAAGCCAAGCAUCCUAUCAUUGGAGAUGUCAGGGGCACUGGGCUCUUCAUUGGUGUGGAUCUGAUCAAAGAUGAGACCUUGAGGACGCCAGCAACUGAAGAAGCAGAAUACUUGGUCUCCAGGCUGAAGGAGAACUACAUUUUACUGAGCACUGAUGGCCCUGGGAGGAAUGUCCUCAAGUUCAAGCCUCCACUGUGCUUUAGCCUGGACAACGCACAGCAUGUAGUGGCAAAGUUAGAUGACAUUCUAACUGACAUGGAAGAAAAAGUAAGGAGUUGUAAAACACUGAGGAUCCAGCCCAACUCAGCCAAGCACCCUUCAGGUAAGUGGGACCUUAUGUUUGUGCUUCACCUCCACCAGGAGAUUCAUGAUAAGAUGUUCUCUAGAUUUAGAGGCUAAGGAAACAAAAUGGUAGCUGAAAAAGUCAGGU